CGCUCGGGCCCCGCCUCCUUAUGAAUAAUGCAGUGUCCGGGCGGUGUCCCGGACCCGGAAGUGGAGUUGCCGAGUCACCGCAGUGGCUGAGCUGCUGACAGGAGGCGGCGGCGGAGGAGGAGGCGAGGCAAGAUCUGCAGCUCCGCCAGGCCACAGCCGCGAUAGCGCAGGGCAAGCCCACGGAGCCACGCCGGCCUUGGCCAGACUGCGAAUCUCGCGCCCCCGGCCCACCGGUCCUUCCGUCUCGCUGCCUGCCCGCCCGAUUCUUCCGGGGCGGCCUAGUCUGCACCACCCGCCGGGCUCUUGGGGUCCCGCGCGGUCCAGUCGGCGUCCCCGGCCGCGCCCGGCCCCUGGCCCGCUCGCUCGCCGGCACCAUGAUGGAGGAGAUCGACCGGUUCCAGGUGCCCACCGCGCACUCGGAGAUGCAGCCGCUGGACCCAGCCACCGCCUCCAUCUCAGACGGAGACUGUGACGCCCGGGAGGGUGAGUCAGUAGCCAUGAAUUACAAACCAUCCCCGCUCCAGGUGAAGCUGGGGCAAAGUCCCGCUGACCCAAGGCUGCUGUACGUUCAGACUGUCACCGAAGAUGUGGCUCAUGAGGAGAACCCACAACACAAAGCACACAGGAAAGAGUGUGAUCCGUGCAGGCCCCGCCACCCUCAGACCUGCUCUGCCAUCCCGCCGCUCCAGCCGUCCCCCUCCUCAGGAAGGCAGUGUGGCCUUGGGGGCAGCCUCCUUCCCGUGUUCCCUGCAGAAAAGCAGCGGGAGCUGGCCCGGAAGGGCUCCCUGAAGAACGGCAGCAUGGGCAGCCCCGUGAACCAACAACCCAAGAAGAACAACGUCAUGGCCCGGACAAGGCUGGUUGUCCCCAAUAAAGGCUACUCCUCGCUUGACCAGAGCCCAGAUGAGAAGCCGCUGGUAGCCCUUGACACGGACAGCGAUGACGACUUCGACAUGUCCAGAUACUCCUCUUCUGGCUACUCCUCUGCUGAGAUCAACCAAGAUUUGAACAUCCAGCUGCUGAAGGACGGCUACCGGUUAGACGAGAUCCCCGACGACGAGGACCUCGACCUCAUCCCCCCCAAGUCUGUGAACCCCACCUGCAUGUGCUGCCAGGCAACGUCCUCCACCGCCUGCCACAUCCAGUAGCGGGCGGGGCUGUUGCGGCCUCCCGGGAGGCACGACGGCCGGGCGGCUGCUCGGGCGGGCCGACCCCUCGCUCCCGCCCGCCCCGGGCUGUGCCCCCGCAGCCGCCAACCUGUAACAGUCAUUGCUUCCUCCUAUGGUAGGACGUGUACCUCUGUGUGUUCCUGGAGCCGGAGAAACCAGAACCGGGUCUCUCGCCCCGCGGGGGGCUGAGGAGGGGUGGGGCUCUUUGUUCAGCUAUUUGGGGGACCCCGCCCAGCGCACUGGCCUCCUCCCCAGGGCUGCAGUCUCUGGACGCGGGAAGUCAACACCGAUACGCAGGGAGGAGGCGAUCACACAGUCAGGGGCUCGGCUCCACCCCAGCAAAGCCAUGGACCCCGGCCUGGUGGGGAAGGGAGGGGAGGGAAGGCCCGGGCAGUGGGAGCAGCGCCGCGCCGUGCCCCGCAGCCCUGGACCGCUUUGUGUUUCUCCCCGCACCUCCGCACCCCGAGGGGAAGCCUGUCAAGGAGGCCCGUGGGUAUGGCCCCCAUCGGAUCACUGCCUUCCUCUGCUUUGUCCCGCUCGGCCCCUUCCACGCCCUCUGGCCGUGGGAGAAGGAAAGAGAGAGGCCCCCGGGGUGGCGGGGGUGGUAAGACCUGUCCUCACUGGUUCCUGAAACCGCACUUGUCCCUGCCUCCCCGGUGCCCCGCCCCCAGCCCUUCUGCCCACUGCCCAGGCUGGACGCAGCGCACCGGCCGGUACCCCCCGUUCCUGUCCCGCUCCAGCCCGCAGGCUGGCAGGCUGCCUCCUAUUAAAUCUCUUCAAAGAGCAGGCUUGGGAAGAUGCAAGGGAUUGGUGGCGGUCCACACGCGGCAGUGAGUGCUCGCCAGAGUGUGUGUGUGUGUCUGCUGGGCCUGUCUCCCCGGUGUCCCCUCCUGUCACAGAUGUGUCAGCGUGACUGUGUGAUGUUUGCCGCUGGAGAGGCUGCUCUGCAGGGCAGCGGGCAGAGCCUGGCCUGGGAGCCCAGAGCCGCGUUCUGCGCCCAGCUCCGAGCUCCAUCUGACCUCCAGCGAGCUGCGCGCCGUCUCUGGGCUGCAGUUUCCUCAACUGGAAAAUACCAGCAGCUGAAAUUCUUGUUAAGGUCCUUUCACACCCAGGGGAAUUUCUUCACAGCGAUUUCUGCAGAGGGGUGUGAGACCUCGCGUGUCUCUGAGUGUAGGGGGGCUCCCGGAGGGGUGUUUGUGUGGAAAGGGGAAGUGUGUGCGAUCUGUGUGUCUGUGAGUGUGAGUGUGCAGCGGUGUCUACUUUGUGGAUGCGACUGUGUGAAGUAUCUGUAGGUGAGGAAUUCGUUCUGUUGCUUCCGCCACUACUGCUGGUCUCGGGCCAGAAGCCAAAACAGCUGAGGACACAGAUCAAAAGGGAAGAUGAAUAGGGCCCUCCCUGGGCUGGGCGAUCUGGAGCCCGCCUCCGUGUGAAGGAAAGCGAAAGCACAUGUAGCCUCAGACCUUCCCGCGCCCACAGGCCGCCUCCACAGAGCGAGGCGGUGCUGCCCCGGACCCGAGCUGCCAGCCCCCACACACGGUUCCCCUGCCGCAGCAGCCCCACGGGCCUCCCAGACACUAGUCCUGGGAGGCAGGAGCGGGAAGGGGUAGGGAGCGGGCAGAGGGCAGCACCAUUCCCCCCCCCCCCGCACCCAGGAUCUGCCAAAGUACUGGGGCGCAACUCCGUUCCCCACGCUUCCAACCCACCUUGGUCUCUUCUAAUGCGGGACUCUAGUUAGAUGAUGAAAAAAUGCCCAAGGGAGGCAAGGACUGAAGUAUCUUCCGGACCCACAAGCCCCACAGUGGGCCCCACCUGAGCCCCUCUCCCACCCUGGUCAGCAUCCCACCACUGUCACCUGGCCCCGGAACCAGGCCUCCCUCUACCACCAUUACCGCCCUGGGCUCCUGGGUUCCCUCUCUACAAUAUGGGUACCUCCCCUUUUUGAGACUUCUGCCUUUACUGUGUGACACUGGCCCACCGGCCAGUCUCUGUGGCCCUGAGGAAGCAGGGAAGAGCUCCCUGCCCGCAGGAUGUAAAAGUUCCCGGCAGGCAAGGACUCAGCUCAGGCAGUACAUCAGUGGCGGGGAGAGGGCAAGCCGGCAGCUUCUGCGUCCAGACUUCAUGGUUCCCUCCUUCCCAUCCUAGGAGGCUGAAGGGGAAGGCCCCAGGCCCCCUGCCCCGCCCGCGUUAGGUACUGCCUUAACUCCCCUCUCCCCAGCUGCGGCUGCUGCCCAGCCAGGUUUCUCCGUGCUCACUAACUUAUUUUCAGGAAGGUGUGUGGAAGACAUGAGCCGUGUAUAAUAUUUUUUUUAACAUUUCCAUCGCAGUAUUGACCAUCAUCCUUGGUUGUGUAUCGUGUAACACAAAUAAUGAUAUUAAAAGCAUCAAACAA